AUGAGGAAUACAAUGCAGGUUUUUACAUUGAAGGAGCUAGAAAAAAUAUUACAAACGGUAGCAUCUAUUAAUCCAAUGCAAACAAAGGAUUAUCUCCAAGCUUUACAGGACGAAAAUCUCAUCAGGGUUGAGAAAAUCGGGAGUGGCAAUUGGUACUGGAGUUUUACGUCGGACGCCAAAAAGAAUCGAGAUAAACUCAUGAGAAACUUGCAAGCCGAACAGAACCGACUGACGGAGUUAAUUGCUUUGACGGAGCGUGGGACAAACGAGGAGAUAGAACGACGUCGUACUGACGUAGAAGAGGCAGUAACGCCAUCAGAUAUCAAGGAGGAAAACUCGAAUAUAAAUCCUAGCGAUUCGUAUCUUCAGAUCCAUGAGGCUUUGAUGAGCGAGUCGGAGAUUUUAGACAAAGAUUUAGCUUGCUAUGGCGAAAGCGACCCUACCACUAUAGCCCACAAAGUAGAAGAGGCAACUAGGUCAAAGGAAAGCGCUUUGCUAUGGACAGAAAAUAUCGAGGCUCUUGCUGGAUUCCUUGCUGCGCGUGUAAGUGAUCGUACUCAACUGGCGGAAGUGAUGCAGGCAGCUUGCGGUGAAGAGUAUAUUAUAGGUGAAGGCUUGCUUGAACUCUAG